AUGAACCAUUCAUCCUCAAAAGAAACUUACUAUUGCCCGUCAAUAUGGCCACUGGACAUGCCAUGGCCUCAUUUGAUCACUUGGUCGUUUUUUACCGCCCUUUUGUCACCAAUCACCAUCAUCUCGAACGCAGCUCUAAUUUACGGACUGUACAAAAUGAGGCAGCUUAACACGAUCACAAACAAGCUAAUUCUUGUUUUAAAUAUAUCAGACCUUGGAACUGGAAUAUUCAUCCUGCCAUCCAUAGCUGUAAUGGCAGCUUUGAAAGUCAAGUACCGCAACUAUGUCUUUGAACUGGUUCUUCAAUAUAGCACCUUUCUUCUGGCUUAUUUCUCCUUUUUCAUGUUGAUAUGCGUUUCUUUGGAUCGUUAUCUUCAUGUGACGAAGCUCAAAAAGUACAAUGCAUUCAUGAACGAAUUUCGCAUGAAGGUGAUCGUUGUGUUUAACUUCGUAAUGUCGGCAGUAAUUGCCUACAUAUCGAUGGCGUUUCCUUCUUUCCCACUGCAAAUCGUCUUGAAUUUAUCCAAUCUUAUUUGCAUUCUAUUUGUGUUCAUCCUGUAUUCGAUAGUGCUUCGCAGAAUUGCAACUAAUGCUGAGCGAAUGAAGAAAAUGCUGAGAGAUGCCGAAGAAGAUGCCAGCAGUCGAGGAACAAGGAGAGAAAUCUCGGCAACGAAAACGAUUCGUUAUGUCCUGGGCGCCUUGUUGGUUCUUUGUCUACCGUACAACAUAUGCUCCGCAAUCUGGACGUUUUACAAAUAUCAGGAGAAGAGGAAUCCUCCAUUAAUCAUUAACCUUCUAGAAUAUUGGUCUUAUGUCAUCUUGUUAUGUAAUGCAGCAAUAAACGCUCUCCUUUUCGCAUAUGGUAACAGCGUUCUGAGAAGAUUCUUGAUUGAACGCAUUACCAGAAGUCAAGUUGCUCCAAGCAGCCCGUGA